AGCCAGAGUUCUCUUAGACCGGAUGUCUUCCUUUUCUGUCGUUUUUCCUACCUAUAAGACAUAAAGAUUCUGUCUUUACUUGUACAUGGUUUUUAUGUAGCUUUUCUCUUACCUACAACGCAAUCAUUUAAACCAUAUUGGCGUUUGAGGAAAAAACAAAGCAAGUUGAAAGUGGAAGAUGGAACCCACCAGCAGUACUGCACCGACAAGGGACAGGAAUGACCUUAGGGUAGGGCCAAAUGUGGAGGAGACCUUUACUGGAAUGGAAAAAGGAGUAGAAGUUGAACAAGGUCGUGUGAAUGAAGAGGGAGAAGGAAUCGCACAAUCUGUGACAAAUGAGAAUGGGGAAGAAGAAGAGACUGAACAAUCUAUUCAUGUUGACGAUGUGGAUGAAGAAGAAACCGAACAAUCUAUUCAUGUUGAGGAAGAAGAAUGGGAAAAUUUAUCGAAGUUGAAGGCUACUGAUGUCUACAAAAUGACUUUUGGUAGUUUGCAGGAUGGUGAAGCUUUCUAUAGG